UACUGAUUGUAACCGUGGGGGAGUGGAAUGAUUCUGUUUGUUCAGUGUGGCAGUUGUUCACCAGUUUGUGCGUUUUUAAUAAUAAAUAUAUUUCCUAGCUUUCAAAGUUGACGUGGAGUAAGUUUUUACUCAUAAUAAUUAAUUAUUGAAUUAAACAAUGGCUGAAGACGUUACGACCCUUCUCCAAGCACUUUCUCAGUAUGAAACCCAGUUGUCACAGGUGCAGCUGGCAGUUGCUGCGUCACCACCAGGUCCUGACUGUGACAGCCUUGUCUCCUUGCAGUCAGACAUUGAAGAACUGAUAUUGUUAACGAGGGAAAACCUGAUGAGCAUCCAGAAACAAAUGAAGGAGAGAGGCUUACCUACAGAGGCAGGAGAUGCCAGUCACUCUGAUAAAGGCUCAUCAGAACAGACAGGAACUGCUGAUCACUUCGAUAAAGAGUAUGCCCUGUUGAAGGCUGAGUUGGAAGAGGUGGAAGCUACACAUGACAGUGCACCAGAAACUGUACAAGGCGGCAGCACAGCUGAUAUCCAGGAAGAUUUGGAUGCACUGCAGGGGAUGAAAUGUCAGGCCCCUCACAAAUGCAGGUGGGGAGAUGUCACCUACCACAAUGCACUGGUGUGUGGUGCCGAACUGACCAGCAGUGUCCGCAGCAUGGACCAGAUACAGGUUCGUGUCAUGUUUACCAACCCUGUACAGCAAGACAUGCUGCCAUGUCCCUACUACCUGGAGGGCGCCUGUCGUUUCUCUGAUGAGCAGUGCCGCUUCUCUCAUGGAGAGCUGGUGGACUUGUCAUCCCUGAAGGAGUACAAGGAACCUGACUUCUCUGCUGUGCGUCCGGGAGUGCGGGUGCUUGUGAAGGGUGAUGACAACCUGUGGCAUGGAGCUGUUGUGCUGACAUGCAGCAGCAAGACCAAGUGUGAGGUGAAGCUAGAAUCAAGUGGGAAGGCAAAAGAGGUGGACCUCCAUUGGAUUCUUCCGCUAGGUGAUGCACAGGCUUCUGAAGACAGCAGCAGUGAUGAAAGCAGUGGGGAUGAAUUGGCCAUUGGGGUGGAUCCUGUGCUGGUUAAACAGCCGCUGUUCACCACACCUGCCUCACCAGCCUUCAGGGACUGGGAGAAGCACACAAGGGGUAUUGGCUCUCGCCUGAUGGCCCAGAUGGGCUAUGUGAUGGGCACUGGUCUGGGGAGAAGUGGAGAGGGUCGUCUGGAACCUGUGGAAGCGCUUGUGUUCCCAGCUGGCAAGUCACUGGAUCACUGCAUGGCAUUGAGGGAAAAAGCAGGCGGUGACAUGAACUUGUUCAAAGUGGAGAAGAGACUGAGAAGGCUGCAGCAGAAGCAUGACCAGCAAAAUCAAAAGCAAUAUGAACGGGAUAACCAACGAACAAACGUAUUUGACUUCAUAAACAGCAAACUUGGUGACAAGACAGGUACUGUCCAUGAUCUAGCACCAGAACCUUCCUCAGCUUCUAAACCACCUAACAGAGACAAAGGAUUGAAAUCAGAGUCAUGCCAAGGGCUGAAUGUCAUUCAGUUCCGUGUGGGUGAGGAGAUCCGAAAGGCUGAGAGAGACUUGAUACGCCUACAAGAGUCCCUCUCACGUCACACACAAGGGUCACCUACUCAUGCCACAAUUUUCAGCAAGCUGGAAGGCAGACAGGGGGAGCUGAACAAACUGCGCGCCUCAGAACGCAGCAUCAGCCUGGAGCAGAGUCAAAGGAAGGACCGCAAAAAGCUGGCUGUGUUCUAAGGUACCAGCAUUUUGAAGAAGCAUACUGCCCCCAUGUUCGGAGUCUAAACAUUGGUACACCUCUACCAAACUACACAAUGUCACGUCUCAGAAGACUGUAGUCUUAAUAUAUUGCCAAGUGAGAGCUAUGUAAACAGGUGACACUACACAGCCACUGCUAGGGAACAGCUGUGUGGACACGUUUCCUCAGCAGUGUGAGAGUACACGCAGUAAUGGAAGAGACCUUUUCUGUGCGGUCCAUGCGAGGACUGUAUAAUGAGGACUAGUUUUGCUUGCAAAGCCUGGACUGACAGAGGAUGGUGCACAGGAAAAAUUUUUCAAUAACAUGCAGUGUAUGUGAUACGUACACUUGACAAGGGCAAAGUCUAUUCACGAGAGAGAAAUCUGUCUGUUCAUCAGAGAGGAUGUUACAUGAGGACAAUUGCUGCAAGGGAUUAGUUGCAAAAAAAAAAAAAAA